AUGACCUAUUCAAUUCCACCUGUGUUGGCCGCAGAAUUACCUCCUAUUAAAGAGGUAGUUUCGUUUGGUGAUAGCCUCACGGACGCGGGUACCUAUUGGUUCCGUUUUACUACAAACCCGGGGCUGACUUGGGCACAGCAUGUGGCACUGCACUACGGGCAGGAUCCGUUGCCAAAUGAGCAUGUAGAGGAAUACUCGCAAGUAUAUAAAGGAGUUGCUGGAAAGUACGGCCCUGGUGGAUUGAAUUAUGCUCAAGGCGGUGCUCGAGCAAACAAUGCCUACUCGCAGUUAUCUCAAGAUCCAGAAGGAGUACCCGUAUCCGCCAAGGUACAAGUUGAACAUUUCUUGGCCCAGCAUCAAUCUUUUCUGCCAGACCAGUUAGUCACGCUAUACAUCGGGACAAACGAUGUGGCGUACAACUAUGAUCCUGCCAAUGACCCGCUGCUUGCAAAGCUUUUACGAGAUAACGAGACGCCAACACCUGAUGUGAUGGCAAAAGAAAAAGCGCGUAUUGAGCAAGCGGCUCAAGACUCAGCAGACAUUACCCGGGAAAUCCUUGCCCGUGGAGCAAAGCGUGUGCUGGUUUUCCAAUUGCUCGAUAUGGGUAAUCUGCCGUGGUUUCGCUCGAAAGCGAGUCAGGUUUUUAUGAGCGCCAUGAGCCGUGAAUUCAAUGAACAGCUCCUGAAAAGCCUACCAAAGGAUCCUGGGAUUCUGUUGAUUGACACUCAGAAAUUUGUAGAUGAGUUGGUAGCGCAAGGCCCCGCCAUUGGUAUCACUCAUGGUGCGCACGAAGACGCUUGUCGGGAGGUCGAUCAGGAUUAUUGUUACCCAAAUGCUUUAAAAACUCACAAUGCUGACCAGACAUAUAUUUAUGCAGCGGGAGAGCAUAUGACCACUCGCGCCAAUGCGCUGUUGGCUGAGUAUGUUUUGAAGCAGGUCGCCAUGAGUUCUUUGAAG